GGAGAGUGGUGAUGGUCAAAGGGCAUCAGAAGGGCUUGUCCAAAGCAUCGCCCAUUAAAGACUCCGUUUUGGUUUUACGUACGCGGAUGGCCCGAAUGAUGUCCAUUGUUGAGAUUACUUCGCCGAACCAACGUCCGAUGGCGAGCCAAGAUCCAAAGUGGCAGAAGGAUGCCGCGGAUCAGAACUUCGAUUACAUGUUCAAACUUCUAAUAAUCGGCAACUCGUCGGUCGGUAAAACGUCUUUCCUCUUCCGUUAUGCGGACGAUUCCUUCACCUCGGCCUUCGUGUCGACCGUCGGAAUCGACUUUAAAGUGAAAACGGUCUUCAGAAACGAUAAAAGGGUCAAGCUUCAAAUCUGGGACACGGCCGGCCAAGAAAGAUACAGGACGAUCACAACGGCCUAUUAUAGAGGCGCAAUGGGCUUCAUCCUGAUGUAUGACAUUACGAACGAGGAGUCCUUCAAUUCGGUGCAAGACUGGGUGACGCAGAUAAAGACCUAUUCGUGGGAUAAUGCCCAAGUAAUCCUCGUGGGCAACAAGUGCGACAUGGAGGACGAGAGGGUGAUCAGCUUUGAAAGGGGUAAACAAUUGGCGGACCAAUUAGGCGUGCAAUUUUUUGAGACAUCCGCUAAGGAGAACAUCCAAGUGAAGGCGGUGUUCGAACAGCUGGUAGACAUAAUAUGUGACAAGAUGAGCGAAUCGUUGGAUAAUGAUCCGACAUUGAUGGCAGGUGGUGCGGGCCAGGCUAAGGGUCAACGACUCACCGAUCAGCCAACCAAUCCAUCGAAUACUAAUUGCAAUUGCUAAGAAGAAAUGUACGACGGUCGUGAGCCGAUCAUGCUGACGGUGCCGACCCCCUCCCUCUUCUCCCGCCAUCAUCACCACCGCCGCCAUCGCCGCCGCCCCACUUUUGGAGCUUUUGUAUGUCUUUCUCCGAAAUUAUCGGAGUUUCGACGUCGUCGUUCUUUUUUUCGACUCUUCGAUGAUGAAAACAAAUUUCAUGUGUUACAAGUUAAAAAAGUAAAAAAAGGAGACUAGAGAGUAAGAGGAGGGGUGAGAGAGAGAGAGAGAGAGAGAGAGAGAGAGAGAGAGAGUAUAUCGAUAAUAUUCAGCACACGACGAUGAUAUAAUGAGGACUCGAAAUUCGAUCGAACUUAACCGUAAAAUUAACCGCGUCAGCUACUCACUUCUGUUGGAAUUUGGGACGAGCGAUUUAGAGCAAAUUCCGUAGUACGUUCUAUUCCCAUGUCUCCUCCACCUCAAUCGAUGAAUUCCGAACAAUUUGUGGGAGAUCUGUUUCCGAUCUAUCUUUCCCUCUACCUCCCUCUCUGACUCUCUCUGUCUCUCUCUUUCUGUCUUUCUGUCUCUCUGUUUUUCUAGUUUACUCUCUCUCUUUCUUUCUUUUUUCGACUUUGACAAAAUCGGAUUCGAAUGCUUCUAAUAUUAACGAAUAUUCGAGAAAGAGAGAAUGAUGGGAGAGAGAGACUGAAAGAAAGGGAGAGAGAGAGAGAGAGAGAGAGAGAGAGAGAGAGAGAGAGAGAGAAGGAGAGAGAAGAUAAACGAAAAUGAAAUUACUUUUGUCGCUUGUUAAUGAAACAUCGUCAAAUUUCAAACGUGUGAAACGAGAGAGAGAAAGAGAGUUUAGAGUUUUCUCUUUAAAAUGCGUUCAAACGAGGUCUCUCGUGAUACAUGUAUGUAUACGUAUGUAUGUAUAUACAUAACUACUUAUAAAAUAUAAACACACACACACACACACAUAUUUAUAUGCGUGUAUACAAUCGAAAUGGAUGGAUAUUUAUGCGUUAAACGUUAACCAAAGAUUUGUUAUUAAUUAAUUAAAUCGUAUAUUAUCGCCGAUAAUAGAAAUUUCGAAUCGAAAGUACGACGACGUCGAUUAAAAA